AACAAAUUUUGCGAUUUCGCAUGUUCAGUUUGUUAUUCUCUUAUUAUUUGAAGAUUGCGUAACAUAUUUAUUGUGAAACUGUUUAAAUUUUGAGAAAUAUUACAAGAUGCUGCGGAAGCCGAUACUGCAACAGAUCCGCUGUGCGCACAGUUCUGUGUCAGCCAGCGGACGACCGUAUUGGAAGAAGAAUCCUCAUUUAGAUCAAAUAAUUCGAGUCGACCAUGCAGGGGAGCUGGGCGCGGACCGUAUCUACGCGGGUCAGAUGGCAGUUCUCGGCCGUACCGCAGAAGGUCCGCUCAUUCAGCACAUGUGGGACCAAGAGAAGAAACAUCGUGCCAAGUUUGAAGAGCUGAUCAAUGAAUACAGAGUCCGACCAACGGCUCUCACGCCAAUUUGGAAUGUAGCUGGCUUUGUUUUAGGCGCUGGUUCGGCGCUCCUAGGCAAAGAAGCCGCUAUGGCUUGCACAGUAGCAGUGGAAACUGUGAUCGUAGACCAUUACAACGAUCAGCUUAGGACUUUAAUGGAGGACCCUAACAUCGACAAGGAGAUCUUAGAGACCAUCACUAAGUUCCGUGAUGAGGAACAGGAACACCAUGACACAGGUAUCGACCAUGGAGCUGAACAAGCACCCUUCUACAGAGCCAUGACUGAAGUUAUAAAGGCUGGAUGUAAAUGCGCCAUUGCUAUUUCCAAGAAGGUUUAGUCAAAAGAGGUUAUGAUACAUUUCAAAGAUGGCGGUGGAAUGGCUCUUGUUUACGUCAAGUCGUAGAGUAAUACUGGCUGAAAAUGCGCACGUGAGUAAUUAUUGAACUUAAUAAGGUGUGUUGCAAUUUUUAAGCCUAAAAAAUUGUUAUUCAGACGAUAUAAAAUAUUUAAUUGUUUUAAAGAUUUUCUUUAUCAGUCAGAAAACAUUUCGAACAUAACUAUAUUGAGUCACAUCCACGUCGAAUAUAAAAAGUUUACAAAAUGUAUAAGGCGAGAUGUAGACUGUUUCCUUCUCACGACUUUGCGGGCAGGAGCCAUCAUGUAGUUCCUGAUAGCUGGAAUUAAAUUAGUCAAUACCAACUAAUUACUAAAAUAAGACAUAAGAAAACGGCUCAAAGCUAUAGAAUUUCCUAAAUAA